AUGACUGAGUCACUCCUACAUCAUUCACGAAAGGUCUAAAUUCGCACUCAUCUUCCCCCGUUUCAACCCAGGGGAAAAUCGCUUCCUCGGCACCGUGGUGCGAGCAGGACUGAGUGCCAACUACGCCGAGAAUCGACCGUGCGGCUCGCCGGCCACCGCGGCCCAGUCCUCGCAAGGAACGGUGACCGAGUUCCCGUGCGACACGCCCCCCAUGGCUCGGUACGUCAGCCUGGACAUUGAUCCGUCGAGCCCUGGCGUGACGUCGCCGGUCCUGCAGAUUGCCGAGUUGACCGUGGAGGAGCACACGACCAGAGCAUGUGCCCCUCGCAUCAUUCAGUCGACCACAUUUGAGAGGCUGUACAAGAAGGGUCUGAUCGACAACCGCAACCCACUGUCGACCAAGACCGCCAGAUCCUUGACGACCUGCGCCGAUUUCUGCACGAAGGAGACCGACUGUUUUUCCUUCGAUUUCGGCAAGAGUCUCAAGCAGUGUCGACUCUACAAUCUCAACUCAACGGACAUAGUGAUGACACCCAAAGAUGAAUUCGCCGUUUAUACCGUAUACUCAAACUGAUUUGGGAAUUGCGACGAACUGUAUCGGAGAGAUGUAAAAUGUAAUACUUUCAGCUGCCCGGCAAUGACCGAGUUUGACUAAGGGAAUAAAUGUGUGCUUGGCCGGUUUUAUACCUUAUGUUUAAGACCGGUUUGGAGUCUGGACGCUGAUAAUGAUCCGAGCCGAAGCUUAGGGCGAGGGUCAUUCAUAAAUACCUUUUCCAUCGAACGGUAAAAACAAGUCAAAAUUAUAAUUUUCCACCGAUUUGGUUCAACACGUUUACUUCAUUUUUUUUAACACCCC